AUGAAAUGCCAUUUUUUAACUAAUAAUAUACAAGGAGGUACAUAGUACACAGUGUCAGUGGUUAGAACUAGAUCUCUGGACCACCGAGACACUGACUCCUUCCUGACAGAGCGGCUCACGUCCUUUGACGCCGCCCACACACCCACGUCAUCAACCGGCCGCGCGGCAAUGCUUCCUGUCACUUUGACGCCGCGGCUGACAUCCACACAGGUAGAAAACAUGUCCUGGUUGUUGUGAGUGUGUUUUGUGUUAAUGAUUUACUGUGUGUGUGUGUGUGACAAAGGAUCUCUAGAAAACCUCAUUUAAACAGCAACUUACUCACAUAAUGUUUAUUUUACUUGCUUUUACUUUUUUACUUUAUUCACUUUGACUCUCAACCACCUCGCGCUGUUUUCAAAACGUCACCAAUGCGUUGAACUUGUUGUGAGCGCGUGUUGAGAGAGAGGCCCUUUUCUCGACGGAUGACGGGGUCCAGAUGUGUGCGCGCGGAGCCUUGUUUAUCAGACAGGAAGUCUUCGCUCUCCGGGUUUCACCCUGAGGCCGCCCGCCGAUCAGCGCGGUUGUCAUGGUGACCGCGCGCGCGGUCCCGCUCGCCGACGCGUCAGGUGUCAGCAUCCUCUUUGUGCCGCAGAUGGAGUUCGCCUGCAGUCACGUGGUGUGCGAUUGGCGCCCCGAUGGAGCAGAAUCCACCGGUGUUCCUCUUGUCGAGCAGCAGUACGACAACAGCGUGACCGUUAAACCACAAGAAGGUCCAGCUCCUCCGCCGCUGCCUCCUCGUCGCCUCCGAAAACCUCGACCCUUGUCUCUGCCUCUCCCCCCUCUUCCACCCACUCUCCCCCCCGCCCCCUCCUCCCGGCCUCCCGUCCCCUCCUCCCGGCCUCCUAGCGCUCCACCUGUCGCUCCUCCCGUCCCCUCCUCUCUCCCCCCCGUCCCCUCCUCCCGGCCUCCCGUCCCCUCCUCCCGGCCUCCUAGCGCUCCACCCGUCGCUCCUCCCGUCCCCUCCUCUCUCCCCCCCGUCCCCUCCUCCCGGCCUCCCGUCCCCUCCUCCCGGCCUCCUAGCGCUCCACCCGUCGCUCCUCCCGUCCCCUCCUCUCUCCCCCCCGUCCCCUCCUCCCGGCCUCCCGUUUCCUCCUCCCGGCCUCUUAGCGCUCCACCCGUCGCUCCUCCCGUCCCCUCCUCUCUCCCCCCCGUCCCCUCCUCCCGGCCUCCCGUCUCCUCCUCCCGGCCUCCCGUUUCCUCCUCCCGGCCUCCCGUCUCCUCCUCCCGGCCUCCCGUCUCCUCCUCCCGGCCUCCCGGCGCUCCACCCGUCGCUCCCCCCGUCCCGCCCAGAGGUGAGUUCCCGUCGGGCCGACUCGUGACUCGUGUCCCCAAGUGUCCGCUUGGAAUAUGUUUUCCCCCUCUUCUCACCGCGCCCGUCCCCCGUGUGCGAUCAGGCCGCAGGAGGGGGGGAGUAGCCAACGUCAACGUGGUCUCAGCGAACAUCGGGGAACUGGUCGACCUCGAGCGAGCCUCGGGCCCGCGCAGUUCUCAAAGCCCGGUGGUUUGUGGGAAAUGUGGCGCCGCCUUGUCGCACCUGAGCUCGAUACAGAGCAGCGUUUGGGGGUGUGAGUUCUGCGGAUUCGACAACGCCGUCCCCGACGGCGCGAAGGGAGCGUGCGGCGACCUCGGCGACGACCUUUACCUGUCCAACCAGAGCGACGACGACUACCAGAACCUGGAGGACACGCUGCUGGUGUUCUGUGUGGACAUCUCCGGCAGCAUGAGUGUCACUGCAGAGCUUCCAUCGAGCGGCGGAUCUCCAGUUCACGUCUCCAGACUAGAGGGUAUGCAGGACGCCCUCCAGGGGGCGCUGUCCUCCGUGCUGCAGCUGUCCCCCCACAGGAGAGUGGCGCUGGUGACGUUCAAUGACGAGGUGGUGAUAUACGGUGACGGCACCGGUGCUCCUCUGAGUCUCCGCGACUGGGCGCUGGUGGACUACGACCAUAUAUGGCAACAGGGCGUGGCCUACAGCAUCCCGCACUGUAUCGCGGAGACGUACCAACAACUGGCACAGAGGGUCAAAGACCUCAGGGAACACGGCGCCACGUCUCUCGGGCCUGCGGCGUUAGUCUCGGUCGCCAUGGCGUCCAGGUACCCCGGCUCAAAGGUGAUUCUGUGCACCGACGGCAAGGCCAACAUCGGGCUGGGCGAGAUGGAGCCGAGCCCCUCCCCCUCAUCCUCUCCGACGGCUUCGUAUUUCUACACGCGACUGGGUCUCCAGGCGGUGGGGAGCGGCGUCAUCAUCUCGGUCAUGACCUUUGAAGGGACGGACUGUCGCCUGGCGGACGUCGGGAGGCUCUCGGACGCCACUGGAGGAAAGGUGAACAUCGUCAGCAUCGGUACGGUCGCCACGGAGAUCCGGUCGGCCUGCGUGGACAACAUUCUUGCAACAGGAGUCACGGCAACCAUGUUUGCUCCUGAUGGAGUAUAUUUUCCCUACAAGGAUGACAGCAAUCACAAACUGGUGAAGGCGAUAGGGAACGUGACCCGGGGGCUGGAGGUCACCAUCCAGUUCGCUGUAAAGCCAGAGUUCAGGGAAGUUUUCCUUCAGAGGGAAACACUUCCGUUCCAACUCCAGCUGCUCUUCACGACCAGAGACCGAGAGAAAGUCACUCGCGUGCUCACUGAGCGCCGACCGGUCGCCACCUGCAGUUCGAUCCCGGCCGGUAGCCUCAACGUGGCGGUGCUCGGCGUUCACUGCGCUCAGCUCUGUGCCAGUUUAACCAGGGGGGGCGGAGUGCAGGAGGCGCAGAGGCACCUAAAGGCCCAGCAGACCUGCACCAACAGAUCAGGUACCAGUAAACAGAGGCCCAUUAAAGAGGAAGAGAACAUCUAUGGGAACUGGAUGGACACCAUGACGACAAUCUGGGAUGACAUCACCACAGAAUCCCAGACUCUCUCUGAUGAAGCAGCGAGGGUCAUGUAUCAGAUGAAGAGAGCCAGCAGUGACAAGGAGUACUACAACAACAACAACAAGAACAACAACAGCACAUGAGCUCCAGAAGAAGACCAGCAGGAAGGAGAAGGUCCUCGCGGAGAACAAAACAUCCUCGCGUCUAGAGGAUACGCUUCGUGUCGAGCCACGUUGGCUCCCGGCUGUCGGAGUUCGUCAGAGAUGUAUAAGGGUCAAAGGUCAACAUGUGGUAAACUUUUACUCAUAGAGACUGACUCAAAAACUGCACAAUCAAACCUCCAAUCGGAGAACAAAGAAGACGCGCCGUGUUCCGGAAAGGAAAUACAUUUCUCUCACAAGGAACAAAUCUUUAUUACAUUUCUUUUGAUUUAAUGUCAAUUGAUGAGAAAAUGUAUACGUGUUCAAGAUGAGCAGAUAUGCUUGUUUCAUGUGAAAUGAGAUCAUUAUUGUACCGCGUACUCAGUAAAAAUGUGUCCACCUCAA